AUUGUGGGAGCGAAGGACAAGAACCACUUUAACCUCCCUGACGGUAUUCCCGAGUGUAGCUCGGGGUAAAGUUUCAGUACCAAAAGCGGUAACCCCCGAGCUACACUCGGGCUUACCAUGCGGCGCUGCAUAGGGAUCUGUUCUUCACUUACCUUGUCCUGCGUUCCCGCGAUGUCCCCCCGGCAAUGUAAUCCGGCGGAUGCCAGCAUCUGUCAUCUGGGUUCCGUCCCCUGCAAGCGUCGGGACGUACUGGGGACGGAACGGCGGGAAAUUUGAAAAUGACGAAAAGUGA